AUCAUUUCCACUGUCAUUUUCACCGACUUCAACAGGUCAAAUGUAAGCUUGGUCGUCGUACUAUUUCUGUGUGUCCUGUUAUUUACAUUCAUACUGUUAAAUUCUAAGUUCCAAAUAUUUAGUAAAGUGUAAAUUAUUCUCUGCUUUUACUACCAACACAUUGUUUACGGAGGCAUAAUUUCUACACCAAAUAAACACAACAAUUUAAAAAUGUCGUCAGCAUCACAACAACAAAUUAAAUGUCCCCCAAAAGUGCUGGUCAACCUGGCUGAGUGGAAAAUGGAAAUUUCUUCCGGGAAAUCGGUGACAUGUAAAAAAAUUCAUUCGAUGGAUGAUGAAGAAGUGUCGAACUUACGACCGUUUGCAUUGUUAUGGGUCAUCUAUGAAGACGCUCGCGAACUGCACGAUAUUGCUAAAGAUCUGUUUGACAAGUUUGAACGUGAAGUAAAAAAUUUUGAAGAAAGUGUCGUGGGUAAAAUGUGUAUUCGCGCAAUGGAUUCAUAUCAAGAGAUAAGCAUAGCAGAACUAACAGCUACAAUCAGAAAAAUGGAAGAAUUUGGUGAGCUUUCGGAACUCACUGAAGAGUUCAAAAAUUUUCUAGGAGAUAAGAAAAUCGAAGAAGAGGAAGAACGGAAAAGCCCCAAAAUAGAUUUCCACCAGCAAUCUUAUGCAGGUGAACUCAAAUUUUGUGCUCCUCAACCGUAUGCCUUUCGUAAAAUAUUCACAAUAAUUGCGGAAAAUCAGGCUAUUCGAAAAAUCUUUAAUGAUUUUGUCUUGAACAUGGCAGAAGAAGAGCUUAAGAAAAGACGUCAAUCAACGCAAUCAAAUUCAUCUGACCAAUUAUCGGUAUUGUUGCAAGAAAAAUUGGAUUCGCCCGAGCCAGAGAACGCUGCUAAACAAACACGGGACAAGUAUGCCAAGUCUCUUUGGAAUCUAGACGGUGCGGCAGGCGGAUAUUUCAAGUGAGACGCACUUCUGCUGGACGACUAUUUAUUUAUUCCCUUGACUAUAAGUCAUGGGUCUCACAAAAGAAUACACCGUGGUAAAUAUGAUUAAAAAUGUAUGGAAAUGUGAUUAAAAACGUUUGAUGUAACAAUUUUGUGCUCUUUGUUGACACAAUAACUGGAGCAAAGUCCAACCGAUUUUCAGAAACUUUUUUUAUUCGAUGAAAUAUUGAAAUCCUCAGGUCAAGUUUAAAAAUGUGUGGUAUCGGUUCACCAUCUGGAAGUAGUUCUCA